AUAAUCAAAGUGCACAGCCAGAGCACUUUUCUAAUUGUUGGAGCAGGUCAUCUAUUCAGUUUGAUCAAAGCCAAACCAACAUGUUUUUUUCAGUGUUUCUGUUGAGUCUCUGUGUUUUCUUCCUCCUUUUUCAACUUCAGCCUCGGAGACCCAAGAACUUCCCACCAGGACCCCCCAGUCUGCCUCUACUGGGAAACCUUUUAUCCCUGAACAUAAAGGACCCCUUAAAUGACAUUGAAAGGCUCAGACAGUCAUAUGGAAAUGUCUACAGCCUGUUUUUUGGUCUGAAACCAGUUGUUAUCAUCAAUGGGUUUAAGGCCAUGAGGGAGGCAAUGGUGAUCAAAGCUGCCGAUUUUGCUGGAAGGGCGCAAAACACUUUUCUUACUGCCAUUAAUGACAGCAAAGGUGUGAUAACAGUUGAUUAUAGCCCGCUGUGGAGGGACACUCGACGCUUUAUUCUGAUGACUCUGAAGAACUUUGGUUUGGGAAAGAAGUCGAUGGAAGACAGAAUCCAUGAAGAGAUUCAAUACACAAUUAAAACACUAGAAAACAACAUUGGUAAAGCCUUCUGUCCUCAGUUUGUGUUUCAUAAUGCUGUCUCCAACAUCAUCUGCAAGGUGCUGUUUGGAACACGUUAUGAGUACGACGAUGACACGAUCAAAACACUUAUUCAGUGCUUUAAAAGGAUUAAUAAAAUACUCAAUGGACCAUGGGCUCUGCUCUAUGACUCCAUCCCUUUAAUCCGCCGCCUGCCGUUGCCCUACAACACAGCCUUUGAGGAUGUUGAGCUUAUCCUGGAUAUCGCGCAAGAUUUGGUGAAUGAACACAAGAAGACCAGAGUCCCUGGAGAGCCGCGAGAUUUUGUUGACUGCUAUCUGGACGAGCUUGAAAAGAGAGAUGAUGAUUCCACGUUCUUUGAGGAGCAGCUAAAAAGAGUCACUCUUGAUCUCUACUCUGCUGGGACGGACACCACCUCCAACACCCUCCUGUCUGGGUUUCUAUAUCUCAUGAAAUACCCCCACAUACAAGAACAAUGUCAGCAGGAGAUAGACCGGGUGCUGGACGGACAGGAUAAGGUCUCUUACGAGAACAGACACAACAUGCCUUACACGCAGGCUGUGAUUCAUGAGAUUCAAAGGAUUACCAGCUUAGUCCCUCUCAGUGUCUUUCACUGCACGACUAAGGACACGGAGCUCUCGGGAUACUCCAUUCCCCAGGGUACAAUAGUCAUCCAGAAUCUGACCUCAGUGCUGAGAGAGGAGGGGCAGUGGAAAUUCCCUCACGAGUUCAACCCUGAAAACUUUCUGAAUGAUCAGGGAGAGUUUUUAAAGCCACAGGCCUUCAUGCCUUUCUCAGCAGGUUUUCGGAUCUGCCCUGGAGAGGGUCUUGCUCGCAUGGAGCUCUUCCUCAUCCUAGUGACUCUGCUGAGGAAGUUCAAGUUCGUCUGGCCAAAGGAUGCAGGAGAACCAGACUUCACGCCUGUCUAUGGAGCAAUUUUGAGUCCGAAACCUUAUUUGAUGAAGGUCCAUCUGAGGUGAAACCAGUUAGAGGUUUUGAGGACGCUCAGCUGACUCUAUGAUAGGGAUGGACAUAUGCAAUAUAUUUCCAACCCAUAAUUUAGUGCUUGCCAACACUGAGUACAGAUAUAAAUGUAAACAAAUUUCAACAGUCUGGCUGUUUAAAGUCAUGCUGUGCAGCUACUGUGCUGCAGCUAGCACUGCAGUAGCCCCUCCUACUGCUGGUGCCAUUUGUCCUCUUCUGCUUUAUCUUCUUCCUGAAUUUUUUUUAAUUGGUGGUUGAGAGCCACGUGCAUAAACACAUGAUUUAGUAAUGAUUAUGUAUCUCAUGACAGAAAAAUAAGAUUAAAUAAAUACUGAAAAAUAAUCCACAAAACAAAAACUAAUACCCCUCAAUGCCUUGUUAUUGCCUUGCCCACAGUCCAUAUAUUCCUUAAGCCUUAACAUAUAAAGAAGAUGAACAGCGGCCUUAUUAAUUAUUUGUAUCCUCUUAGUUUUGGAUUUAACAAAGAAAGUAGCAUCAACUACAUGUAACAACUAAGUGUAUUUUCUCAUUUUAUGCAAAUGUCUGGACAAUUUUAUCCUCCACUGAAUCUUGCUCUCUUUGCCCCUUCCCUGUUUCUCUAAGUACUGAUUCACUUAGAGAAUGAAACUUUCUCACUAUCUUUCAUCUUCUGCAGAAUAAUCUCUUUUUUUUUUCGUAACCUCACGUUCCCAAAAGGCCACUCUAUGAUUUCCUCUACUUUGGCUGCACUCUCUCUCCACACUUACCAUAUUCAUAAUCACCAUGAAACCUUGUACACCUUUUCUUUUUGCACUCUCUUGCCAUAUGACCAAAAUUCCUGAUACCUGUAACAUCUCCGAGGCCCAGAAUUGUAUUCUAUUACACUGAACAGAAAA